AUGGACGACAUCAUUGAGUAUUUCCAGAACUCCGUGAGCCUGGAUGAACUGCAUGUCCUGCUGACUGACCAGAAAGCCUGGGAGAGCUUCAUGGAUGAGGCCGACUUGCCCAGGGAGGAGGCAGAGAUGCUACUUAAGCGUCUGAGAGUGCUAGAAGAAGACCUGUAUACGCAGGAGAAAAACAGGCUCCAGAGGGAGCGCUUUUUGAAUGAGUUUCCCCAGUUGAAACAGAAGCUCGAGGGGCAAAUAAGAAAACUCUGUGAGCUUGCCGACAAGGCUGAUGAGGUACACAGGAAGUGUACCAUCACCAACAUCGUAGCCAGCUACACCGGUGCCGCAUCGGGCGUCCUGACCUUGCUGGGUCUGGGUUUGGCCCCUGUGACGGCAGGGAUCAGUCUGACACUCUCUGCAACUGGGAUGGGGCUGGGAGCAGCAUCUGCUGUCACCAGUGUGUCCAGCACCAUCGUGGAGCAUUCAAAAAUGUCAUCCCUGAGAGCCGAAGCCAGUCAGGUGACAUCAGCUGGCAGUGACAAAGGGAUGGAUGUUGCAAAGGCUCUGGGUAAGAACAUACCCCAAAUUAUUUCCUUAACAAGCAAGUGCAUUGAAGGCCUGGAAAACAUUGGAAAGAAUGUUCGUGCCAUCAGGAUGGCCAAAGCCCAUCCUCGCUUAGUGGCCCGUGCCAAGAGAUUCAUGACAGCUGGGCAAGUCUCAGUUCGGGGUGGGAAGCAGGUGCAGAAAGCGUUUGGAGGCACUACUCUGGCAAUGACAAGAGGAGCCCGGCUCAUGGGUGCGGCCACUGCAGGCAUCUUCCUUAUGAUGGAUGUGGCCAGCAUUCUGGAAGAAUCAAAGCACUUACAAGAGGGGGCAAAGGCAGAGUCGGCUGAAGAGCUGAGGCAGCAGAUCAAGUUGCUGGAGAGCAAGCUGAAGGAGCUCAUCCAGACUCACGAACGUCUGAAGAAGACCUGACCCGUGAUCUCCAAGCAGGGCAGGGAGGAGGGCCAGGUGUGAAACAAAGGCAUGGAGGUACCUUGUUAGAAGGGAAUAGGGGGCAAGAAAAUGUUUUGGGGGAUGCUUGGGUGGCCCAGUCGGUUUAGUGUCCAACUCUUUGUUUCCGCUUAGGUCACCAUCUAGCAAUCUGUGGGUUUGAUCCCUGUAACAGACUCCUCGCUGA